AUGUCCAUCCCUCACAGCUACAGCCCCGGUACCUUGGUCUACGAGGUCAACCUUUCAGUCCCCAGAGAAAAGGUCGAUGAUUACAUCGAGUGGCUCCACCAGUUCACAAAGACUCAAGUCGCCACUAUUCCAGGGUUCAUUUCAUCCAUGAUCUUUCGUCAGCCCAAGCCAUAUGGACUUCACUGGUUGUCAGAGGAAGGCAAUGCAAAGACAUACAUAACGGUCCACUAUGUGAUCGCAUCUCAGGCUGAUCUGGAUACCUAUCUUCAAAACGACCAAAAGGCUGUUGCCACCGCCGAGCAGGAACGUUUUGCAUUUUUGGUCACCAGCCGACGCACUUUGAGCGUCGUUUAG